GUCAUCAGUCAGAGCAACAGAUUCCCUCCGCAUCAUCUGUUCGGCUGAGAACUCGUCUGAAAACACAUCAGUGGCUCACGUCCUUUAUCUCAACACUGAACCACAUCUGGCUUUUUGGCUGUUUAGAUAUCUACAAGAAAUUCAGAGAUGAAAAGCUGAUGGACUCUGUCUACAGAAAUUCAACUACUGAAAGAAUGGAAAAGAUUCAAGUCACUAUAAGGAAGUGACACUUUACUAAUAACAGGAAGUAAAUGCUGCAUCGCUCUUAAAGAAGCACUAGUUCAGAGACUUCGACAGUUGAGGGCGUGAGAACAAGAGAUCAAGAGACAGAAGCAAGAUGGUUCAAUUCAGAUGGAUUAACAUGUCUUUAUUUGUGAUACUGGGGCUUCAGUUUACAGCGGUAAUUGGACAGAACCCCCCCUCCUUCAUUGCCAGCGUUGGAGAUGAAAUCACUUUGCCUUGUGAAAAUGUGAUAAAAAACCAGGACAAAUGUGACAGUACUUCUUGGGUUGUCAGUCGUCAUAUUCGGUCAUCAUCACAAGAGCUGGUUAAUCUUGGGCAGAUUUGGAAAAAUGAGAUUUCCAAAGCUAAAUCCGACCGACUCAGCGUUACAGCAAAAUGUUCUCUGGUUAUAAAAAAUGUCACAGUCGAGGAUGUUGGUCGUUACUCCUGCAGACAGUUCAGAUCAGGACAACAACAAGGUCCAGAUGCUCAUGUUCAACUGUCUGUUAUUAACAUGGAUCAACAUCAGAACAAUGAUACAGACAUCUUGUUCUGCACUGUGUUGACGUAUGAAGGGUGUGAAUACACAGUCGAGUGGUUGUAUGAGGGUAAUAAGAAUGACUUGGAGACGUCACAGCUUACCUGUUCAGCCACUGUGACAUUUACAACUCCUCCUCUUGAUCAGAAGUCAAACUAUUAUGAGUUACUGAAGUGUAACGUGACAGAUAAUAAGAGUGGACAAAGGCUGCUGUGUAAUGUUGGCCUCCAGUCCUCGUGUGAGAAAACAGGAAGCACAUUAGUGGCGAUAUCAGAAAAGGAUGAAACAAAACAAGAUUUGUGGUGGGUCAUCAUUGUGGCUGUGGGUUUAGCAGCACUCUUAAUAAUCAUUGUUGUUGUUGUCAUCAGACGGAAGAAAACUAAAGGGAACAAAACACAGAUGGAUGAAAAUGUGGGACUGAGCUUGAACCCUGCAGUGACUCAGCCUGAUCCAGAGACCAGGCAGGACAUGGCGGAUCCUGAAGAUGGUGUUUCCUACGCCUCCAUCAGCUACACCAAGAAGACCAACAGUAAAGCCCUGGUUUGCAGUAAAGAUGAUGAUGAUGAUGCAGCAGUGACCUACAGCACUGUGAAAGCUUCCUCUUCUUCUGCCGGAGCCUCAUCUGAUCCCAGCAACCUCUACGCCACCGUCAACAAACCAAACAAAGAAGAGGCCACAGUGUAGUUACAGCUCAUAUCAUUAGUUUUUUUUUUUACACUGAUAACUAAUAAGAAAACCAAGUCAGUUUUUAUUCGGCGAGAGCUUUUCACAAGAAUUCACUCGUACUGUGUUACCAAUAUGUAUUGAUACUUUUAAUUAACCAUUAACCUUUAAAAAUUGUAUAUGCAGUCAAAAGCCUGGAGAGCAUUUAAUAUUUAUUUAUAUUUUUGUAUAUAACCCUAAUGCACUGCAGAUUAAUGACAUUGUUAUUGAUACAUGAAGGGAAAGACAAAAACUUUAUUAUAAUAUUGAAAUUUUACAUUUCAGUUCUUACAUGAACAUGUGACCAGAAUUGUUUUUAUGAUCAUUUUCAAGAUUUAUUGUUGUAAUAAACCUUUCUGUCCAGAAGGGUUUAGUAGGUGAACUAGUAAACUAGUAAAAAAGUAAAAGUAAGAACCUGAUAUUCGUAUGGCUGGUUUCUUUAAUAAUCUCUUUUUUUCUGUAUCACCUCUAAUUGUUUCAUAUGCAAUAAUUUUAACAUUUAGUUUGCUAAGAACUCAAACAAAAAAAAGAUGCUGAGAGGAAGUGGGUUGUGACAUCCCUUAUCCACACUGAAUCACCCGUAAGAGUCGUACUAAACAAGUGAAUGAGUGGAAACUGUGGAAGACCAAAAGGGAUAUAUUUUCACUUUCUUUCACCUGCUGCACCAGGUCUUGAGCACUGACUGGUUCGUACAGCAACGAGAUACGUUAAAAAACAGCAACUGACAUAAGAGAAAAAGGAAAGUCACUAUGAGGAAGUGACACCUUACUAAUUACAGGAAGUAGAUACUAUAUUUCUCUUUAAGAAGACUUUGACUGUCGAGAGAGUGAUAGCAAUCUUUGUUUUAGUAAUGCUAUUCUAAUUUAACUCAGACAGCCAAGUCUGCUGUUUGUUUUUAACAUAGUGAUUUUAGCGGACUCUUGUAAGGAUGAGACACAUUUGUAAGCAUCUGUUGUAUCUAAAAUCAUCCUCAUAAUAACUCUAAACAUAAUUACCUUGUUCUUACUUCAGUUCAUUUUUCAUAUUUAUCUCUCAUCUUCUCAGUUGCAGCAGCAACCAGACAGCUUCCUGUUCCUACGCUGUCAGAGUUGGAGAUGAAGUCACUUUGUCUUGUGAAAAUGUGAUAGACGGUCAGCGAAAAUGUGACAGUACUACAUGGCUCUUUGCUGGUUCAGGAUACACAGCAGCUGUAGAGCUGGUUAGACUUGGGCAGAUUGGUGAAAUCUCCAAAGCUAAACAGACAGACUGAGUGUUACAGCGAGCUGUUCUCUGCUUAUAAAGAAGGUCACAGUCGAGGAUGUUGGUCGUUAUGACUGUCAACAGUUCAAAUCAGGAGAAUUUAAACAAGGUCAAGAUGCUCAUGUUCAUCUGUCUCUUAUUAACAUGACUGAACAUGAGGACCCUGAUAAGGUGGCGUUAACCUGCUCUGCGUUCACACAUGGACAGUGUGGACACACAGUGAAGUGGCUGUAUGAGGGUAAAGACAACAAAGAUUUAAAGACAUCACAGUCUUACUGCUCGGCCAAUGUGACCUUUAAGACUUCUCAUUUUAUGUACACAUCAAAGAAUUACGAGUUACGAGAUGGUAACACUGAAAAAGUGCAUCUGUUUACCUUCAGCCCUCAGUCCUCCAGGGGAAGGAAUCAGGUGAGAAUAUGACAAGUUGUUUAAAAUCACUUAAUACCAAUGUGAAAAAUAAAAUACAUUGUUUAUUUGAUGGUUUUGAAGGUUUUAGAUGACAUCAUUGCUUCUCAUUUAGUUACUGCAGAUGGACAACAAGAGCAUAUCACACAUCGACUGAUAUGAUAUGUGUGACUCAUGGGUGCAGUGUUUGUACCAUUACAAAUUGCUUGAUUUAGUAAGAAAAAUUGCAAAUGAAUGUUUCAUAACUUUAGCGUUAAAAUCACUUACAAUGAUUUUGUUAAAAAAAAACAUUUUAAACAAAACAGAAAGCUGCAGCAAAAAUGUGUAAUGUUUUCAUUUUCAUUCCAGAUUGAUGGUGGUACAUCCUUGUGGCUGUGGGUUUAGCAGCACUCUUGAUAAUUGUUGUUGCCGUCGUACGAUGGAGGAGAACUAAAGCAAACAAAACAUAGAUGGGUGUCAACAUUGCUGAUCCUGAUGGUGUUUCCUACGCCUCCAUCGGCUACACCAAGAAGACCAACAGUAAAGCCCGGUUAAGCUGUCUGCUUGAUUAUACUUGUGUUGGCAGUGAAUGAGGAAUUUGUUUUUUCAGAAAUGAAAUGAAUUAAGUUUUUUAUCCAUCAAAGCUUAUGUAUUUAGUGAUUAAAGUUGUGAUGUCAAUCAUUCUGUCAUUGUCGUUGCUUUUGCGUUGUUGGAUUUCAUGAUGGUGUUUUGCUGUUUAUGUUACCUUUCAUCAUGUAGCAUUGCCAUGUUACGCUACGUCAUAUGUCCCGUUGUGUCAUUUUUGUGGGGCAUGUGUCUCUGAAUAUAUUAUCCUGAUGCUCUCACUCAUUUAUUUACAGUAUGCAGCGUUGACUGCUUUUGUGUAUGUUACAUCAUAUUUUUUUAGAAUGAUCUAAUGUUUUUUCCCCAUUAUAUUUCAUUUCCAGGCUUUAUUGCUGUAAAAUGCUUUUUGUCCAGAAGGUGGUGUAGUAGGAAGUAGUGAUCAAACAUUCAUAAGGCUGUUUGCUUUAAACAUAAAGUUGUCAGUGAUGGAUGUACCAGUGUUAGGUAACAGUUCAAAGACUUUGAGUUUUUUUAUUUGUUUAAUCUGUUUUAUCACUUUUUAAGCUAUGUACCACAUGUAAUUGUUUCAUAUGCAAUAAUGUUAAUAUUUAUUUCUUUGUUCAGUUUAAUUCAAAUAUCCUGGUGCUCUGAAAGGGCUUUAGAGCUAACUGAAAGGAGGUGCAAUGUGACAUUUUGACUGAAUAAAUGAUUUCACCCUUGA